GGCGGGCGCAGGUGCGCGGUGCCCCCCCCCCCAAGCCGUGCCACCCCCCCCCCCGGAGCCGCCCCCCCCCCCCCAAACCUCCGGCCCCCGGGGGUUCAAGGUGUGGUGGGCGCCCUCCCGCGCCGGGGGGAGACCAUGCGGCCCCCCCGCGCCCCCCUGGUCCUGCUGCUCCUGCUGGCAGCCGAGAGGACGGCGCGUGGCACCUUCCCCGAGGAGCCCGGCCCCAUCACCGUGGCCCCCGAGGACUAUGUGAAGCACUACGCCGUGUUCGUGGGCCACGGGGCGAGCCGCCUGGCCGGCCCCGAGGGCGCUGGCACCGAGCGCCUCAACAUCCAGCGCAUCCUCAAGGUCAACCGGACCCUCUUCAUCGGGGACAGGGACAACGUUUACCGUGUGAGCCUGGAGCCCGGCACGGCCAGCGAGAUGCGCUACCACCGGAAGCUGACGUGGCAGUCGAACCAGCACGACAUCAGCAUCUGCCGGAUGAAGGGGAAACACGAGGCAGAGUGCCGAAACUUCAUCAAGGUGCUGCUGGUGCGGAACGAGAGCCUGCUCUUCGUGUGCGGCACCAACGCCUUCAACCCCGUCUGCGCCAACUACAGCAUGGACACGCUGGAGCCGGUUGGGGACAACAUCAGCGGCAUGGCGCGGUGUCCCUACGACCCCAAGCACGCCAACGUGGCGCUGUUCACAGGGGGGAUGCUCUUCACGGCCACGGUGACGGAUUUCCUGGCCAUCGAUGCCGUCAUCUACCGCAGCCUGGGGGACAGCCCGACCCUGCGCACCGUCAAGCACGACUCCAAGUGGUUCAAAGAGCCCUACUUUGUGCACGCCGUGGAGUGGAGGAGCCACGUCUACUUCUUCUUCCGCGAGAUCGCCAUGGAGUUCAACUACCUGGAGAAGGUGGUGGUGUCCCGAGUGGCUCGGGUGUGCAAGAACGACAUGGGGGGCUCGCAGCGGGUGCUGGAGAAGCAGUGGACGUCCUUCCUCAAGGCCCGGCUCAACUGCUCCGUGCCGGGCGACUCGCACUUCUACUUCAACGUCAUCCAGGCCGUGACCGACAUCCUGGAGCUGGACGGGCGCCCCGUGGUGCUCGCCGUCUUCUCCACGCCCACCAACAGCAUCCCUGGCUCGGCCGUGUGCGCCUUCGACAUGACCCAAGUGGCCGCCGUCUUCGAGGGACGCUUCCGGGAGCAGAAAUCCCCCGAGUCCAUCUGGACGCCGGUGCCCGAGGACAUGGUGCCGAAGCCGCGGCCCGGGUGCUGUGCGGCCCCGGGGAUGCGCUACAACUCCUCCAGCACCUUCCCCGACGAGAUCCUCACCUUCGUGAAGACGCACCCGCUGAUGGACGAGGCGGUGCCGUCCCUGGGCAACGCGCCCUGGAUCGUCCGCACCAUGAGCCGGUACCAGCUCCGCAAGAUCGUGGUGGACAACGCGGCAGGGCCGUGGGGCAACCACACCGUGGUCUUCCUGGGCUCCAGCACGGGCACCGUCCUCAAGUUCCUCAUCCAUCCCAACGCCACCCGCAGCCCCGCGCCCGCGCCCCCCGGCAGCCAGAGCGUCUUCCUGGAGGAGUUUGAGACCUACCAGCCGGGGAGGUGUGGCCGGGACACAGAGGACGAGCGGCGGCUGCUGGGCCUGGAGCUGGACAAGGCGGCAGGGUCCCUGCUGCUGGCCUUCCCCCCGUGCGUGGCCAGGGUGCCCGUGGCCCGCUGCCAGCAGCACUCGGGCUGCAUGAAGAACUGCCUUGGGAGCCGGGAUCCCUACUGUGGCUGGACACCCGAGGGCUCCUGCGUCUUCCUGGAGCCCAGCCCCAGGACAGCUUUCGAGCAGGACAUUGCCGGUGGCAGCACAUCGCACCUGGGCGAGUGCGAGGGGCUGGUGACCGAGAGCUUCGUGGACGAGCCGGACGGGCUGGUGUCGGUGAACCUGCUGGUGAUCUCCUCCGUGGCCGCCUUCGUCAUCGGCGCCGUCAUCUCGGGCUUCAGCGUCUGCUGGUUCAUCGGGCACCGGGACCGCAAGGAGCUGGCGCGGCGCAAGGACAAGGAGACCAUCCUGGCACACAGCGAGUCGGUGGUGAGCGUCAGCCGGCUGGGCGAGCGGCGAGCGCGCGCGGGGCAGCCCGGCGCCCUGCUGGCCCCGCUCAUGCCCAACGGCUGGCCCAAGGAGCUGGGCAAGGCGAGCCAACACGACCUGGACUCGGGCGUCCUGCCCACGCCGGAGCAGACCCCGCUGCAGCAGAAGCGCUGCCCCGGCACCCUCCAAAACUGCACCUGGGAGCAGAGCCACAACAUCAUCAACGCCGCGCUGCGGGACCCCGGCACCGCCGCCGCUGCCGCCGCUGCUGCCGGCCGGCUCCACGCCGGCCCCGGCCGCCCGGCCCGCGGCAUGCCCCUCUCCUGCCACGCCAUCCUGGUGGACCAGGAGCUGGAGGCCGAACUCAGCGACUCCUCGGGCGAUGGGCACUGGGGCCGGGACCCCCCCGAGGGUCCCCGUGCCCGGCAGCAUCCCCCCGCUGGCGCCCGCCGCCCGCCCCGCAGCUCCUACGGCGACUUCGCCGGCACGCCGCGCCCCAGCCCCGACCGCCGGCGCGUGGUUUCGGCGCCCAGCGGGGACGGGGGGGACUUUGCCGAGGGGCCGCCCUGGCACCCUGAGCAGCUGAACUUCAACGCCAACAACGGCACGGGCCGCCCCGGCGCCCACCUCAAGAGGAACCACACAUUUAACAGCGGCGAAGCGCCGGUGGGCGGCUACGGGCGGCACGGCACGGCACCGCGGGCGCCCGGAGCAGGCCCCCCACGGGCGCUCACGGACCUGCACCACCUCCUGCGCUACGGCGUGGAGCGGACUCCCUCAGGCAAAUAGGGCCCCACUGCCCAUCCCGGCACCCACGGGCACUGACGCCGCUGACGCCGUGGACGCUUUCCACCGCCACGCCACACCGCGGUCCCCCCCAGUUCCCUGGGGACAAGGACAAGGUGGCCCAAGGGCAGGAGUGGCGGGCACAGGGAGGGCUGAGAUGCUGCAUGGGGGACGGGUGUGCCCGGGCAGGGUUUGGGGCCGUCCCCACCUGUCCCCACUGUCCCCGGCUGGCACGGGGCAGUGCCCUGUGCUCCGGCCGCUUUUCUCGGGCUCCGGGUGUCCGUCUGUCCCGUCCCCUCCCCAGGCUGGACCCAGGGACUGCUGCACCCUGGGGGGGGAUCCCUGGGAGGCAGCAGGAUGGACACACGGACAUGGGCGAAACUGAGGCAGAGCAAGGCUGUACCCCCGCACCCCCCCCCGGAGACCCUCAGUCCCGUAUCAGCCGUGCCUGAGCACUCAGGGGGCUUGUGGGUGCUGCCAGCACCCUGGGGACACUCGGACAGGACACCACCGAGCAGCCUCCUCCCCAGGUCCAAGCCCCCAGCUCCCCCCUCCUCAAAAGCACUGCUGGGGGCUGGGGGCUGGGGCCCAGGGGGGGACCCUGCUCUCACCGGGGCACGGGGGUCCCACUGACCCCACUCUCUGCUGGCAAAGGGUGCCCUUUCGGUGCCGUCCCUGCCCCAGCUGCAGGCAGGAGGGAGAGGGGGGACGAAAAGGGGUCAGGACCCGCCCCGGGACUGAGGCGGGUCAGCCUGGUGCUCCCCAGGGGGCUGCGCGCAGGGGGCUGCGGGUGCUGCGUGCCCCGGCGGGAGGCCGGCCCGCAGCACUGCCCCAUGCUGUAAAUAGGGUGCCAGGGCACCGCGGGCACCCCGCCGCCCCGGGCCGGCCAUGCAUGCGACAGCGGUAACGUCUCUGUAUAACCCCGGAGCCCCGCAAUAAAUUUCUGUUUACAAGA